CACCACUUCCACCCAAUGCCCAACCUCCCCCGAUCUCGCUGCCGCCCCCCGCUUCCCCUGCCUCCCGGCGCCGCCGCCCCCCGCUUACCCUGCCACACGGCGCCGCCGCCCCCCGCUUCCCCUGCAUCCAGGCGCUGCCACCCUCCCGCUUCCCCUACCCCAAGGCGCCGCUGACCCAACCUCCCGCGUGCCACUUGACUUCCUUCCCCCGCUGCCCCUUGCUCCGGUGGGCCUCCCACCGCUACCAACCGGCGUCGGAACCGUCCCUCGCCCUGGAUCGCACCGCCCUCACUGCCCACGAUGGGGAUCGCGCCACAGGCACCGUCCCACGAUGGGGAUCGAGCCGCAGGCACCGUCCCACAAUGGGGAUUGCGCCACUGCAAUCGCAUCGCCCCACCUCCCGUCGUCGGGAUCCUGCUGCCGCGCGACAACCACCGGGAUCCUCCCACCGCGGUCGCUACUCACGCCGCGCGCGUGUGGCAGUGGACGGACGCGAUGGUUUCCUUCGACAUGAACGACCGCAAAGAGUGGCUCGUCGGAUGCUGUUGCUGUGGAUGACGAUGAUCUCGUUCUCGAUAGGAGAAUGAAGAGACACAAUAAGGCAUUUGUUUUGUGGUUGUCUUUCCGUUGUUGGUGUGUUAUGAAUUUGAUUGAUGUUCCGUGGUUUGCAGGGAGAGGGACGAGGAUCAUGUGCUCACCGUGCAACACGGUGUCACCUCUUCGCUCCGGAGUGUCGGGAUUCUUGCUAGAGAGCAUUCAAUGUCGGAUUUCCUAAUGUGUAUUGUCCUUCUUUCAUUUGUGGUCCACUGUUUGCUGUUGUUGGUUUACAGGUUUGGAAGGCAGCCAUGCUGCUAACCUGACUUUGUGUUGCACAAGAGCUUCACGUCGUCUGAAUUCGACGGAGUUACUGCCAUGGAGAUCGGUGUUGGGACAGGUGAUGGCUUGUUAUGAAAUUUAGUGAAUGAGAAAAUUGUGUUGUGCUUGUACAA